GGUUAGGUUUAAUGGAUGUUAGUUGGCUAUGUGGGCUUCACCUAUUCUUCUUUACUUAUUCUUCUUUUACAACACUCAACAAGUUUUUGGCGUCGUUGCCAGGGAACCGGUAAUGAUGGUGCUAUAGUUAGAUUACUUUGAUUGUUCUGUUUUUGUUUGUUUCAUUUGUUUCUUUUCGUUGGUUUUUCUUUUUGGUAUUCAGUUUUUGUAUUUUGUUGUUAUCUCCAUUGAAAGCAUUGAAUUGACUUCCUUGGUGUGUGCAUGUCCGAAUCUGACCAGGAGCAAAGUUCACCUGAGCCACUUUCACCAAGAACCGCUGCUGUACGUGCUGGUUUGAGGAGGAAUUAUAGUUCUUCAAGCGUUGAAUCUAAAAGUUACGAAUCUGAAGGUUCAAGCAACAUGGCAGAGAUUCCGAACAACAACAAUGAUGAAGGAGGUGGUGCGCUUGUUGUCCAACCAAGAAAACCCCUGCGUGAGUUUUCCAUUCCCAAAGUCACCGAUCAACCUUCGUGCAUCGUCUAUCCUCAACUCACAGUUGACAGGUUUGAGCUUAAAAGUGGUAUGAUUCAUCUUCUUCCAACUUAUUAUGGUAAUACCACUGAGGAUCCUUACAUGCAUAUUAAGCAAUUCUUUGAAAUAUGUGCUACGAUCAAAAUUCAAAACCUUGAUGAUGAGCAGAUUAAGAUGAGGCUAUUCCCAUUCAGUUUAAAAGAUAAAGCUAAGUCUUGGUUAUACUCUUUGCCUAAUGCUUCAAUUCAUACUUGGGAAGAGCUUUCUAAUAAGUUUUUGCAGAAAUUUUUUCCGGCUCAAAAGACUAACAAGAUUAGAAAGGAAAUUCUUGGUUUCACACAAAAGGAAGGAGAAGCUUUUCAUGAAUGUUGGGAGAGGUACAAGGAGAUGAUAAGUUCUUGCCCACACCACAACAUAGAGAGUUGGAUGCAAAUGCAAUCUUUCUAUGAAGGUUUGCUUGAUUCCGAAAGGAUGAUGGUAGAUGCAACAAGUGGAGAAGGACUGAUGAACAAAACAGCAGAUGAGGCUUUUACUCUCUUUGAAUCCUUGAGUGCUAACUCUCAACAAUGGAGCCACAAUAAAGGAAGAGGAGCUCCUAUGAAAGCUGUGGUCUCUGAGGAAACAAAGUGGAAGUUCAAGACCAAUCUUUUGCGGAGCACAUGCUAGAACAAGCAAAUGCCCUUCAAGCAAGGAAUCCUCAAAAUGAUCCUUAUUCAAACACGUACAA